AUUCGUCGUGUGGUGUUUAAAAGCUUCAUGUGUUUCUUCUUCAAACGGCUUAAAAAAAUUGUGUUUAGGGAUAUCUUUAUACCUCGCUUAUUGAAAGCAAUAGAUUUUAUUGAUGAGAAAGCUUUGAAGUUGAACAUCGCUAACUGACUUUGUUUUGUUUCUUACCCCACCACUAACUUUGGCUCAUAACCUCUCAGAAACAUGGUGCGUAAACUUAAAUUUCAUGAGCAAAAAUUGCUCAAGAAGGUUGAUUUUAUAUCAUGGGAAGCGGACAAAAACCUCAAUGAAGUGAAGGUGUUGAAAAAGUAUUGCAUUCAGAAGCGAGAAGAUUACACCAAGUACAAUAAAAUAUCCCGGCACAUAAGAGAGCUUGUAAGGAAACUGACAGCUUUAGACCCCAAGGAUCCUUUCCGAAUUGAAACUAGUGCCAAGGUGUUAGAGAAAUUGUUUUUAAUGGGCUUAAUCCCUACAAAGUGGGAUCUCUCUCUAUGUGACAAGGUUACUGCAUCCAGCUUCUGCAGGAGACGCCUUCCAGUUGUUAUGGUUCGCAACAAGAUGUCAGAAUCAAUAAGGAUGGCUGUUAAAUUAAUUGAACAGGGACAUGUUCGUGUUGGUCCGGAGCUUGUCAAAGAUCCAGCAUUUUUAGUGACAAGGAAUUUGGAAGAUUUUGUGACUUGGGUAGACUCUUCAGCCAUCAGGAAACACGUCUUGGAGUAUAAUGAAUUGAGGGAUGACUUCGAACUUUAAGAUUCAAAUUUUUAUCAUUGUAUUGUAUAUAUUAAUCAAAUAGAAAACACUUAAGGAAGAAUGGAUUCUUUA